UUGGACCUAGAUAGCUUAGAGCAACUUGUCAUUUAUUAGCUAAAUAUCGUUCCCUCAUACUUUAAUUCAUCUCGUAGUUUGCUCGCUUAACACAAGUACUUGAGCAACCCGACUAUGCUCGCAGUUUUAUUGCUCCUCUUCCCAGUUUUGGUUAAUAAACCCACCUGUCAAAUUGAGCUAACGAGUUAGCCUGUUGUAGCUAGCCAGUGUGUAUAGCAGGUGGGCGAGAUUAUGCAACGCUAACAGUUUUAAUGUCAACUACAUAACGCCAGGACCAGGAUUAGGAUCAUCCAUGGCAGCUCGGCAGCCUUUCACAGACACAGAUACUGCCGAUGAAGCAGUGAGGGCGACGUGUGACGAUGCAACCACAUGUAAAAGGUUUGCUACCAGUAAAAGCUACUGGAAGGACCCUUACAUCCAAUACUUUGUGAGAUCAGUAGGGGAAAGGAAGGCACCUGAAAUCAAUAGAGGUUACUAUGCACGUGUCCAAGGGAUGAACCAUCUCCUUGAUGCAUUCAUUAGAAAAACAGAGUGUGACUGUCAAGUAAUCAACCUGGGUGCUGGACUGGACACCACGUUCUGGAGACUAAAGGAUGAAAACCUCAUGCCACGGAAGUUCUUUGAAGUUGACUUUCCAACUGUUGUGGCCAGGAAAAUACACAAUAUAAAGACAAAACCACCCCUGUCCAAACCCCUCAUUGAAACCCACUCAACAGACUCCUUACUUCUAGAUGCCCACAGCCUUGACUCAGACCGGUACUGUAUCAUCGGAGCAGACCUCAGAGAUGUCUCUACAAUGAAUGAAAAACUGAAGAAGUUCCAGCUUAACCCAGAAUUACCUACGUUGCUCCUGUCAGAGUGCGUGCUGGUCUAUAUGACGCCCACUCAGUCCUCCAAUCUCGUUCACUGGGCAGCGGAGACCUUUCACACCGCCAUGUUCAUCAACUACGAACAGGUGAACAUGAGCGACCGCUUUGGCCAAGUGAUGAUCGAGAACCUGCAGCGCCGUCAGUGCACCCUGGCAGGAGUAGAGACCUGCCAAUCUCUGGAAUCUCAGAGGGAUCGGUUUCUGAAGACUGGCUGGGAGAAUGCUGAUGCGCUGGACAUGAUGACCGUCUACGGUAUGCUGCCUCAGGAUGAUGUGGCAAGAAUUGAGCGACUGGAGUUCCUUGAUGAGAAGGAGCUGUUGCAACAACUUCUUCAACACUACAGCAUCUGCUGGGCUACUAAGGACAAACUCAAUUUGGGUCUAUCACAGUUGGCAUUUUGAGUGUGAAAAUUGCGCCAUUGUUGGACGAGCUUGACAUGUAUGUUCGCCAAAAUCAACAACAGAACAACGUGUGUAAAAGGACAUGUAGGAAAGAGGAAGUCCAUAUUCUCCAUCAAGCCCUCAUUGGGGAGCUUUGGGGAGCUUCUCCGGUGUGAAAAUCUUGGCAUCAGCAGAAAGUAUUUUCAGGAGCGUCCUUUGUAACCCUUGUAUGGUCACAGUGCAGGUUGAAGAUAAGAGAUGAUUAGGUUAAGAACUGUGAUGAGGUUUGUCCUUACACUGACACUGAAUUACAAACCUCAAAAUGGAUCAAGUUUGUUUUUAUUAAUUUGCUUACAGACAAACUUCUCUGCAAUUAUUAUUUCAAAACCUACUCAUCUGUGUUGGAUGAUUAAAGAAUGUAUGAAGUUGGAAGAAUUUCAGAUGUCAUAUAAUUGUCCUUGUCUGGUUUUUAUGUGCCAUUUUAAUUUUAUUUAUUAAUCAACUGUAACUCCCAGAAACAUUUUCUUACAAAGCAUUCAUGCAUGCGGAAAAAUUUGUGUUGAACUCCAACAUACAUUACAUGCAACUACUGGUUGCCUGCAGAAAUGUUUAUUCUUGCCCCUAGUUUUCAAACAGCAAAGAGGACAUGGCAAAUAAAUUUGUAACAAAUUAUAUUUGAUGAAUGUUACUCAACUGCUGUUGAAUAAAAAGUUUCUUUUGUGUAAAA